UUGACAUAUCUAGUUGAGAUCCCACUUGUAGGCGUGAAGACCAAGACUUUUGAGAGUGAGAGAAGAGUGCAGGAUUAUCUUUGUUGAAGAACAAUAAUGACACAAGGAGUUAAAUUUGAAUACAUGCGCAUAUACUCCAUGAUAUAAACUAAUGGAACUGCUGAAGAAGAUGAGAUUUCCAAAGCGGUACAGUAUCAUUUUAUUAACCUUUAUCUGCACAAGAGUGUGCUAUCUAGAGCGAAUAGGAUUUUCAAUUGCGUACACAGCGGCUGCAGAUAGCAUUGGUGUAAAUCAAUCAAGCAAGGGUCUAAUACUUUCGGUAUUCUACUAUGGAUAUGUUGUGUCACAAGUGUCUCGGGGUUGGGUUGCACAAUAUGUUGGAGGACGACGAGUUCUGCUGUUUUCGUUUUUGCUGUGGUCGCUAACAUGUGCAUUGGCUCCACUAGAUGCAAGCAAAGUGAAUAUAAUGGUUUAUGCCCGCUUCCUUGUAGGUGUGGCACAAGGCUUUAUAUUCCCCUCCAUUCACACAAUUCUAGUACAAUGGGUCCCUCCCCAUGAGCGCUCACGUUUUGUUUCUCUUACGACAUCCGGGAUGUACCUAGGAGCAGCUGGUGGCAUGCUUGUGUUGCCAAGUCUGGUAAAAUACAAGGGACCUCAGUCAGUUUUCAUGGUUGAAUCAGCUCUGGGUAUCAUGUGGUCAUUUCUCUGGUUUAGGUUUUCUAGUGAUCCAGUUCGUUCCGAACAUCCCAAAGCUGCUGCAGGUUUCGGAGAGCACAACUUGCCUGUUUCAAGAGAAAAGAAAAUCCCAAGUGCUGGAAACCUGAGGCGCUUCACUAAAAUUCCUUGGAAGAAGAUAAUUUUCAACUUACCGAUUUGGGCAAUCGUGGUAAACAACUUCACCUUUCACUACGCACUGUACGUACUAAUGAACUGGUUGCCAACGUACUUUGAACUCGGCCUUCAACUCAGUCUUCAGGGCAUGGGAUCUUCUAAGAUGAUUCCUUACUUCAACAUGUUCAUCUUCUCAAACACAGGAGGGAUUUUAGCUGAUCACUUAAUCACAAGAAGGUUCUUAUCAGUUUCCAAGACUCAGAAGCUUCUCAACACCAUCGACUUUGUCAUUGCAGCUCUUGCUCUAAUGGCCAUUCCACUAUUCAGGAAUCCCUCCUGGACUGUCAUAUGCUCUUCGAUUUCUCUUGGAUUCUUAGCACUUGGAAGAGCCGGGUUCGCUGUAAAUCACAUGGACGUGGCUCCGCAAUAUGCAGGAAUUGUUAUGGGAGUUUUGAAUACCGCCGGGACCUUAGCUGGUAUCGUUGGCGUCGGGCUCACUGGAAGGAUCUUGGAGGCCGCAAAGUCAGCUGAUAUGGAUCUUACAAGCAUAGAAUUGUGGAAAAAUGUCUUCUUGAUCCCAGCCUAUCUCUGCAUAUUUAGUUCUUUCUUUUUUUUUUUACUAUUCACAACAGGUGAAAAGAUUUUUGAGUAACUAGCCCUCCCUCGGCAUGUUUGUUGGUCCAUGGACACUCACACUCUUAUUACCAUUUGAUAUGGUAGCAAAAAUAAAGUGUACAAGUAUAUUGUUAGCCAAAGCAGUACAAGAGGGUAAAUCGUAAAUGCAUGUG